AUGUCCAAGUAUAUACACGAUAGGUGUUGGUCCGCUCGACAAUUAACUGUAUACUAUCCAGAACACCGAUACGAGUACGCCGUUGUUUCUGACGAAUACUAUAAUCGAAGGAAAGAAAGCCAACGUACACUUUACCAAUGGUUACCUGUCAUAAUUGCUUGCCAGGCCUUGUUCUUCAGGUUACCAGAUGUGCUUUUGAGAGUUUGUGAUUCACUAUUUGGAUAUGGCUCUUCAAAGAUAGUAGGGCUUGUGCGAGGAUAUAAAUCCCUGUCUGCCAUUGACAGGACAGCGCUCGCAAGAGAAUUGGCAAAUUAUUUCAACGUGAUUUUUGCAUCACGAACAUUAAAGAAAAUUGGGAUACUAGCUAUUGUAAUCAUUUUUGUAAAAUUUUUGUUUUUCGCCAAUGCUUUAACUCAGCUAAUUCUACUAGACGGAUAUUUAUCUCCCACGAAUGAAACUUCCUACGGACAGCAUAUUGUUGAUGGCAUUAUCAGCAGGAACUAUUCCGAGAUAGAUCCAUCACCAGCGUUUCCUCGUCAGGUUUAUUGUUAUGUCAAUCUCCAUCGGUUCAUUCCAAACUUGAAUCAUACGUUGCAAUGUUCAGUGCCUGUCAAUGAAUUCAAUGAGCAAAUCUGUUUCUUUAUAUGGGUCUGGUUACUGGUAGUAUGUGUAGCAGCUGCUCUCAGCCUGAUUGUAUUUAUCAUCAAGGGAUUCGUACCUACUUUCAGAGAACGGUAA